UCUUCACUUGGCUUGCAGAGACAAAACCUACUAGAACAAUCCUUUUCUCUCUCUCUCUCUUGACUUCUCUCACAGCGAUGGUUACUUCUCCGACAAACUCAUCAAUCAAAUUCCUCUGUAGCUACGGCGGGAAAAUUCUACCUCGUUAUCCCGACGGCAAACUCCGUUAUAACGGCGGUCACACCCGCGUCCUCGCCGUUCCCCGCUCCGUCUCAUUCUCCCAGCUAACGUCGAAGAUGGCGGAGAUGUGCGGAUCCACCGUCACAAUCCGGUGCCAGCUUCCGACGGAAGAUCUCGACGCGCUCGUUUCCGUUACUUCCGACGAAGAUCUGGCGAAUCUGAUCGAAGAGUACGACCUCGUCUCCUCCUCGUCGCCGAUGAAGAUCAGAGUCUUCUUAAAUCCUCCGAAAUCGACGACGAUCGCGCCUCCUCCGCAGUUAGCGUUGCCGUCGUCGUCGUCGACCACGUCAUCAUCAUCAUCAUCUUCCUCGAAUUCGUCUCCUAGAUCUCCGUCGACGUCGAAACCGCCGCUACCUCCGUCGCCGCCGAGGUUGACGAUGGUGAAGAAUCAGUGUUACGGUUGUUACGUCGUCCACCGUAACUCGAGGAAUAUGUACCUCGUCCACAACGGGAAUCACUGGCAAUAACCCUAAUUAAGCCCCACGAUAAUCAGAUUCAAAAAAAAAUAAUUAAGAAUCGAAUAUAUUACAUAAAGAAAAAAAGUUUUUUGUUUAAAAAUGUAAAGAGAGAUAUAAAAGGUGUUAAAGUGAUCUAUCUCUAUAUGACGAUCAGUGACCGUCGCAAUUAAUGAGAUCAUCCUAAUGCGUU